AUGGCUCAUCAUAUUCUCAACUUGUUCACCCUUUUCACUAUUUUUAUGUUCAUGAUCAUUGCACUAAAAAUUAGAAGUCAUUACAAAAAAUAUGCUUCAAGUACUAAAAAUAUACCUCCUGGGCCAUGGAAGUUACCCAUUUUAGGAAAUAUUCUCAAUCUUGUUACAACAAACCCACCUAGAAAAUUAAGAGAUUUAGCAAAAAAAUAUGGACCCUUGAUGCAUCUACAACUUGGUGAGAUAUUUUUCAUUGUUGUUUCCUCACCAGAAGUUGCAAGGGAGGUCUUGAAAACUCAUGAUAUUAUAUUUGCAUCAAGGCCUCAUCUUCUAGUCUUGGAGAUAGUAUCUUACAAUUCAACAGAUAUAGCUUUUUCACCUUAUGGUGAUUAUUGGAGACAACUUAGAAAGAUUUGUGCUAUUGAGCUUUUAAGCACAAGACGAGUCAAAUCUCUUUGGCCAAAAAGACAGAAAGAGAUCAAUUCGCUCUUAAACAAGAUUGAUGCAAAUGAAGGAUCAGAAUUCAAUCUUACUCAAGAAGUUAUUUCAAUGUUGUAUACAUUUACUUCAAAGGCUGCAUUUGGUAAGAAAUAUUUGGAACAAGAAGAAUUCUUAUCAGUUGUAAAACAACUCAUAAAACUUGCUGGAGGGUUCUACCUUGGUGACUUGUUUCCUUCAGCUCAAUGGAUUCAAACUCUCUCUGGAAUGAAGCCUAAGCUUAAGAAGUUAAGCCAACAAGUAGACAGGAUACUAGGACAUAUAAUCAAUGACCACAAAGAGGCAAUGUCAAAAAGAGCAAAAGAAGGUUUGGCCGAAGUAGAGGAAGAUUUGAUCGAUUGUCUUUUAAAAUUUGAGGACAGUGGCAGUGAUAUGGGAUUUAAUUUAACUACUGAUAAUAUCAAAGCUAUAAUUCUGGAUGUCUUCGCUGCUGGAAGUGAGACUUCCGCAAGUACAAUUAUUUGGGCAAUGGCUGAGAUGAUGAAGGAUCAAAGAGUUUUGAAGAAAGCACAAGCUGAAGUAAGAGAGGGAUUUGAUAGGAGUGGAAGGGUUGAUGAAGCUACAAUUGACGAGUUCAAAUAUUUGAAAGCAGUAAUCAAAGAGUCACUAAGACUACACCCUUCUGUUCCACUCCUUCUUCCAAGAGAGUGUGGACAAGCUUGUGAGAUUAAUGGUUAUUACAUACCUGUAAAAAGUAGAGUCCUCGUUAAUGCUUGGGCCAUUGGACGGGAUCCUAAAUAUUGGAAUGACCCCGAUAAGUUUUAUCCUGAGAGGUUUAUUGAUAGUUCUAUUGAUUUCAAAGGAACUAAUUUUGAGUACAUUCCAUUUGGUGCUGGAAGGAGAAUUUGUCCUGGCAUGAAUUAUGGUAUGGCAAAUGUUGAGCAAGUCCUUGCACUCAUAUUGUAUCAUUUUGAUUGGAAACUUCCCAAUGGAAUAAAAAAUGAGGAACUAGAGUUGAUAGAGGAGUUUGGAGCUGCUAUGUCAAGAAAGGGUGAUCUUUACUUGAUUCCAAUCAUUUCUCAUCCUUUACUUGUAACAUGAAAAAUAUUGUUCUGUCUAAGAUGUAUUAUUAGGAUGUGUGAUCCUCUACU